UCCCCCAGUCCCAUCUCUGCUCCCCACCACCCCCCAGCUCCUCGCCCGGAGGAAGGGUGAGCUCAGGGUGCCGUCCCCAGCCACCGAAAUCUAUGAUCAGCUCCGUGUGCGUCUCCUCCUACCGCGGACGCAAGUCGGGGAACAAACCACCUUCCAAAACAUGCCUGAAGGAAGAGAUGGGCAAAGGGGAAGAAUCGGACAAGAUCACCAUCAACGUAGGCGGCACCAGGCAUGAGACCUACAAGAGCACCCUCAGGACUUUGCCGGGCACCCGCCUGGCCUGGUUGGCCGACCCCGACGCCCAAAGCAACUUUGACUUUGACGGGAAAAGCAACGAGUUCUUCUUCGACCGUCACCCCGGGAUCUUCUCCUACGUGCUCAACUACUACCGGACGGGGAAGCUGCACUGCCCCGCCGACAUCUGCGGGCCCCUCUUCGAGGAGGAGCUGACCUACUGGGGCAUCGACGAGACCGACGUGGAGCCCUGCUGCUGGAUGACCUACCGGCAGCACCGCGACGCCGAGGAGGCCCUGGAUAUCUUCGAGAGCCCUGAGCCAGGUGGUGGGGCUGGUGGAGAGGAACCUGAAGAGGAAGGGGGUAGGGAGAUGGCCCUUCAACGCCUGGGGAUGGAUGACAGGCCGGCGGGGGCAGCGGGGGCUGCUGGAGGGGGUGGCUGCUGUCGGAAUUGGCAGCCCAGGAUGUGGGCGCUCUUUGAGGAUCCCUACUCGUCCAAGGCAGCAAGGGUAGUUGCUUUUGCCUCCCUCUUCUUCAUCCUGGUCUCCAUCACCACCUUCUGCCUGGAGACACACGAGGCCUUCAACAUCGACGUCAACGUGACGGAGACCCUGGUGGUUGGCAACACCACGACCAUCCUGCUGACACACAAAGUGGAGACAGAGCCCAUCCUCACCUACAUCGAAGGGGUCUGUGUCCUCUGGUUCACCCUCGAGUUCCUGGUUCGCAUCAUCUGCUGCCCAGAUAAGCUCCUCUUCGUUAAAAACCUCCUCAACAUCAUUGACUUCGUGGCCAUCUUGCCCUUCUACCUGGAGGUAGGUCUCAGUGGCCUGUCCUCCAAAGCUGCCCGGGACGUGCUGGGCUUCCUACGGGUGGUUCGUUUCGUCCGGAUCCUCCGGAUCUUCAAGCUGACACGACACUUUGUGGGUCUCCGGGUGCUGGGCCACACCCUCCGGGCCAGCACCAACGAAUUCCUGCUCCUCAUCAUCUUCCUGGCCUUGGGGGUCUUGAUCUUCGCCACCAUGAUCUACUACGCCGAGCGGAUCGGAGCCAAGACGUCCGACCCUCGCGGGAGCGACCACACUCACUUUAAGAACAUCCCCAUCGGGUUCUGGUGGGCCGUGGUCACCAUGACCACCCUGGGCUAUGGUGACAUGUACCCCAAGACCUGGUCGGGCAUGGUGGUGGGGGCUCUCUGUGCCUUGGCCGGGGUGCUCACCAUCGCCAUGCCCGUCCCUGUCAUCGUCAAUAACUUUGGGAUGUACUAUUCGUUGGCCAUGGCCAAGCAGAAGCUGCCAAAGAAGAAGAAAAAGCAUAUACCCCGUCCAGCCCCACUGGACUCUCCCACCUACUGCAAAACCGAGGAGAACUCCCCCAGGAACAGCACCCAGAGUGACACUUGCCCCUUGGCAGUAGAGGAAGGGGCAGCUGAGAGGAAACGGUCAGACUCCAAGCAGAAUGGUGAGGCCAACGUGGUGCUGUCAGAUGAGGAGCAGCCACUGUCACCAACUGAUGAGGAGAAGAGGCCCAUGAGACGCUCCAGCACCCGGGAGAAGAACAAGAAAUCCUCCACGUGCUUCCUGCUGGCCACGGGGGACUUCUCCUGUGCAGCAGAUGGAGACAUCCAGAAAGGCCCUGGGAAGUCCCGAAGCCUCAGCAGCCUGGCUGGUGUGGCAGGACCCACGGUGGCCUUGGCUCCCUUGGCCUCCCCCUGCAGCUCUCCUGUCCCCUCCAUCCUCUAAUCCACUGCCUGGACCUGCUGUGUCAUGUCACCCUGUCCCCCCUGUGGCUUUGUGGCCCUGCCUGUGUCCAGAGGAGACCAAGCUGGGCCACCUCCAUCACCAAGAAGCAGGUUCUGAUCUCCUCCAGCCCAGCACUGCCCCGUGCUCCCCAGUUUGCAGGACAUGUCUCCAUCCAACCUGCCUCGUCUCUGUGUGUUUUGGGACAAUCCCUGGAGGGGGUCGAGGGUUUGCUCAGUGCUUUUUUGAUUAUGGGGGUUUUUUUUAUCCCUUAGAAACCUUUAUUCAUCCAAAAUAAAUCAGGCUGAGCCUUGUGAUUCCCUCUGGGGGUCGAGUCCUCCUUCCCGUGGGCUGGUUGCACUUGGGCUGGAGGGAGGUGGAAAUGCAAGGAGGACACAUUGACUCAUAAAAUUGUAUAGAAUUGUGCUGGAAAUGGCUGAGUUCAUAUAAUUGAAGGUCUUUUUGGUUUGGUUUUAUUUUUUUCAUUAAGAACAGCCUCAAG